ACUUCGCUCUCUCUCUCUCUCUCUAUCUCUCUCUCUCUCACUCCCUAUUCGGAACAAUGGCUCGAGGCUCAUCUCAGUCCCAAGCGACGUCGUCUUCCACGACCUCACGCCCCGGCGUCAUGGCUCCUCGUGGUUCAGCUGCCGCCACAGCUGGAAUGCGCCGCCGUCGUCUCGGCGGAGGCGGCAACUCCAGCUCCGGAAGCAUCGGCGGCGGCGGAGGCGGCUCUGGUGCCGGAAACAACAUGCUCAGGUUCUACACCGACGACGCUCCUGGCUUGAAGAUCUCCCCCACCGUCGUUCUCGUCAUGAGCCUCUGCUUCAUCGGCUUCGUCACUGCCCUCCACGUCUUCGGCAAGCUCUACCUCCACCGAUCUACCGGCGGAGCUUAAAUUCCGGAUCCUAACACGGAUCGUUCUAGAUCCGGAGCUAUUUGGAGGCGCGGAGCAAUCGGUAAUUUCAAUGCUACGGUCCUUUUUUUUUUUUUUUUUUUUGCUUUUGCUCUGUAGAUUUGCGCAGGGUUGACGUUUUUAGGGUUUCACUGUUGUUUAAUGUUGGAUUCGUUUGAUCUUACUUUGAAUGAAGACGAGUGACUUGAUACACCCUUAUGAAUUUUGCUUUGA